GAAGCAGAGCCUUGGAGGGCGCUUACCGCGAGUUACUCACAUCCGGGCGCUGAACCCGCGGUGGUUUCUUUACGCUGGAGGGCGAGUAGGGUGGUAACUCAGGCAGGUAUGAGCAACACUCUCCCGACCUACCCUCCUCCCCUUAUCCCGUUGUACAAAUGAAGAGGCAGACUUGCGGAGAGGCGACCUCUUCGUGCGGACCUGAGGGGGCAGCUGCGCCCUUGAUUUCAAGCCUCACCUUUUUCCUGUGGCAGCGCUGUGGCAGACAGAGCCGCCCCUGGAGUUCGAAGGACUUGUGUCUUAAGUGGGACAGUUCCUAGCUUUGGGCAGGUUGCUUCCCGUCUCCGAGUCUCCUUUUCCUCUCUGUCUCUGAAGAUGUGGCACUUAGCAGGAUAGCCAUAUCUGAGGACCAGACCCAUGUUGAGGACCCAGAACCUUUGACCUCUCCAUCUCCACCCAGCUGAGGCCAGUCACCAUCCUCAGCAGCUGACAUCACAAGACUUGGGGACCUUGGCGAGUGGUCAAGGAAUCUUUACUGAGACGUGAAACUUUGGGGCAGAAUGCUGAGGGCCCUCAUAUCUGCCCUGGGGUGGAGGGGAGGCAUUCAGGGCUGUGCCUUCAGCUCGAGGCAACCACAUCUGACUCCCACUGGGUUGCUGAGUGCCACAGAGUUGAUCAGCCACUGGACAGCAGUCUUUGAGAAAAGGGGUAUCCCUGAGGCCCGAGAAUCCAGUGAGUACAUCGUGGCUCAUGUCCUUGGAGCCAAAACAUUUCAGGGUCUGAGGCCAGGACUUUUGACCCAGCCCCUGACCCGCUGGCAGCUGCGGUAUAUCCAGGAGCUGAGUAGCUACCGAUUGCAAAGGAUGCCGGUGCAGUACAUCCUUGGUGAGUGGGACUUUCAUGGGCUCAGUCUGAAGAUGGUGCCCCCAGUGUUUAUCCCUCGACCAGAAACAGAGGAGCUGGUUGAAUGGGUGCUAGAGGAGGUGACCCAGAGGCCCCAUGUGGUGGGAGCCCAUGGCGGCCCCCUCAUCCUAGAGGUGGGCUGUGGAUCAGGAGCUAUCUCCCUCAGCCUGCUGAGCAAGCUCCCCGAGAGCCAAGUCAUUGCUGUGGACAAGGGAGAAGCUGCCAUCUGCCUGACCCAUGAGAAUGCCCAGAGGCUUCAGUUACAGGACAGGAUUCGGAUCAUCCCGCUCGAUGUGACCUUAGAGCAGAACUGGGUGCACCUUCUACCCUGGAGCCCCGUGGACCUGGUCAUCAGCAACCCUCCCUACGUCUUCCACCGGGACAUGGAGCAGCUGGCCCCUGAGAUCCUCAGCUAUGAAGACCCAACUGCCCUGGAUGGUGGGGAGGAGGGCAUGGAUAUCAUUACCCACAUCCUGGCCUUGGCACCUCGACUCCUGAAGGACUCUGGAAGCAUCUUCUUAGAAGUGGACCCAAGACACCCAGAGCUCAUCGGCAGCUGGCUCCAGAGCCGGCCUGACCUGUCCCUCAAUCUUGUGGCUGUGCGCAGGGACUUCUGUGGGAGGCCCCGGUUCCUACAUAUCCGGAGGUCUGAGCCAUAGCAUGGUUGUCUUGUGGAUGCCUGGCCAAGGCCCCGACCUGCCAGAGUGCCUGAAUGACACUUCUUCCUGGAAUGCUACUUGGAGGGAGGUGGAUGCUUCAGAACCCCAGAUGCUCUGUGAUUCCCCAUGCUCUACAUUUCUAGGAAAUGUAGGGGUAGAAGCUAAGGUGGGGGUAUCCUUCCUGGGGGAGCCAAGUGCAAGGGCACCCACAGUCCUGCUCAGGAGCUGAGCGGACCGAGGUUCUCAGUCUGGCUCCAUCACAAUGUGUGGCCAGGGAAGGUUGCUGGGUCUCUGUGGGUGGAACUGCUCUGGGAAUAUUGAGAGAUGUGGCCAAUAAAGUGGCAAGAAAACAGUGA